GUUAUAAAAUGCCAGCCCUCGUAAACGUUCGCUGCUUCCCGAAAUAAUGAACAUCCGUUCAACGAAGGCAUCGAAACGGCGUCAAGGCUGGACUAACACGGACAAUAACGGGGAGUCCCGUUUAUAAAUCAGCACUUAACCAUCCAACAAACAUCUAUGUCAAGACUGCCAACUUACCACAUCUAGCUGCCGUGUCUUCUGUCUCGCAUUGGACCACAGUGACAGUGCAUACCUAAUGUAAAGCAGAGUAUCGGCUAAAUUAACCAAGACCGACGUCCACAAUGGUUCAGAAUAAGAAUAACACCCCAGAAGUCACUGGCUUCCACCGCUCUUUUAAUGUCCAAAACCCGUUUAAUUCUGAAGAUUAUACCAAAACAGACUCCAGUCUCCACGAGUCAAACUUACAUUUAGAUUGUCCCCCAAGACCUGACAUGCCAGCCAGCCAGCCGAUUAACAUCCCAGAUGCCAAGAAGAGGACCAAGAAGAAGAAGAGAUGCAGGGCCACCGACAGCUUCACAGGACGAUUCCAAGAUGUAUACGUGCUGCAGACGGAGGUGCUGGGCGAGGGGGCCUAUGCUGUCGUCCAGACCUGCAUCAACCUCAUCACCCAGAAGGAAUAUGCUGUCAAGAUCGUCGAGAAGCGUGCGGGUCUCAGUCGGAGCCGAGUCUUCAGGGAAGUGGAGAUGCUCUAUCAGUGCCAGGGACACAGAAACAUUCUGGAGCUGGUCGAGUUCUUUGAGGAAGAAGACAAAUUCUACUUGGUUUUUGAGAAACUAAGAGGAGGGUCAGUGUUGACCCACAUCCACCGUAGACAACACUUUAGUGAGCAGGAGGCCAGUUAUGUGGUGCAGGACAUCGCCAGUGCUCUAAACUACCUCCACAACAAGGGAAUGGCACACAGGGACCUGAAGCCUGAAAACAUCCUGUGUGAGCACGUGGACCGGAUGUCACCGGUGAAGAUCUGUGAUUUUGACCUGGGCAGUGGCAUCCGGCUGAACAGUGACAGCUCCCCUAUCUCUACUCCUGAACUCAUCACUCCGUGUGGUUCUGCAGAGUACAUGGCUCCGGAGGUGGUGGAGGCCUUCAGUGAGGAGGCUACGAUCUAUGAUAAGCGCUGUGACCUGUGGAGUCUGGGGGUCAUCCUGUACAUUAUGCUGAGUGGGUACCCUCCCUUCGUAGGGCGCUGUGGCACCAACUGUGGCUGGGACUGGGGAGAGCCCUGCCAGGAAUGCCAGAACAUGCUGUUUGAGAGCAUCCAGGAGGGGAAGUACGAGUUCCCUGAGAAGGACUGGAAGCAGAUCUCCUCUGGAGCUAAAGACCUCAUCACCAGGCUUCUGGUCAGAGAUGCCAAGAACCGCCUCAGUGCUGCUCAGGUCCUGCUGCACCCCUGGGUCCAAGGGUGUGCUCCCAACACCGUGCCCUCCAGGCUGAACCACAGAGGCAGCAGAGCCCAGGACCUGACCUUCUUCGCUGGCCAGGCUGUGGCCGUCACCCGCCAGCUAGCUGAGCAGGACGAGAGCGACCGUCAGGAGAGAGAGGACCGCAACGAAGAUUCUGAGGAAGAAGGGUCGUUGGGGUCCCUCUCUCUGUCCCCCUCGCCCCACCACAUGGCUACCAGCACCACUGCUAGCUGCAGCCUCAGCCCCCAGAGCUCCCUGCGCCCCCUCUCCCCCUUGUCCUCUCGGCUGGCCCGGCAAAAGAGGAGAGGGCCCCCCCACACAGGGCCAGUGUGUGCCUCGGAGCUCCGGCAGCUCCUUGCACCCCUGGUCAUCAUGGAGGACUGUGCCUGAAACUUCUAAUAACCGUUAAACUGACCGACCAACUGCAAACCUAACCUGAUAAUGCUCCUGAAAAUUCACUGCUCAUCUCCUCCUCCCACCUCUUUUCCUCUCUACCCCCUCCCAUCUUUCUCAUCACUAAGCCACACCUGCAAUACCUCAGUGGCUUGGAUGAUGAUGGGGAUGUGGUCUUCGCAGCACUUAAAGAAGCACAUUGACCCUCUGCCUAAUUCGAAGACUCUUCUACUCUUGGGGUGGGGGAGGGAGGGGAAAGGGAUUUUGAAGAGUGGGUCAUCCCGCUCUGAAUUGAAAACUUCAUCAACCAGCUUCAUCAGAUAUACUAGAGGCCAAGUGGGUUCAAUGAGUUGGCCAGAUAACAAGUCGAAAUAGACAUUGAUUUUAUUGUUAAUAUAAAAAAAAAGCUCAACUUGGAUAUGUUUUUUUUGUUUGUUAAAUCAAUUCGAACAUGCCGUUUUUCAAGCAUCUUUCUACAAAAUAAAAGUAUCAGAAUAUGUAGGCACGUUAGCUGGCUAACUCCUUUAUAGUAUACCCCUCAGGACCUUCCCUCUACUUCAGUCUACGAGGGUGGGAUGGCCCAGCUAUCCAGCUAGCGGCAGUGUUGUAACGCACUUAUCCAAACUGAGACCUUUGUCAGUUUCACUGAGUGGCUCACUCAAACCCUUCCUGCUUGUUGUAGUGGGAGCUCAGGUGGCCUGAUAACCGGGCCCGGCCGAUAGGCUAGCCAACUCUUUACGAGGCCGCUAGGCUAGCCAACUCUUUACGAGGCCGCUAGGCUAGCCAACUCUGACUAUCUAGUACCUCCUCAUUGUUGGGAUUUAACAAAGUCCACACAUCUAGCCUGUUAUCAUUAUUUCUGCCCCUUGAACCGCUGUUGUGGUGGUACUAUCGAUCCAUUAUCUGAGAUCUGAGGCGUCCUGAUUGACAUGUUGUGCUCACUGACUGGCUGCAUCACAAGUGGCAUAUAGGGAAUAGAGUGCCGUUUGAUGCAGUCAUUGUUGCUGACUGUAACAGGGAGACAUGGACCCUACCAAAGUAGCCUGAGCUGAAGUUAAGCUUAGCCUAGACCUGGACUAAAGAUCACUUUCAAUGGAGAAUCCUUUAGUCAUGUUUCUUAGUCCAGGACUAGGCUUAAUUAAUCUGUGUCUGGGAAACGGGCCUUAAAUUGGUCUGAACCCAAGAGAGAGUCCCAGCAACAAAGAUACUUAAAACUUUAACACAAACUAUUUUCCAGCAGAUACCUCAGGACCUAGAAAUAUAUAGAGAGAGCUGGGGGGGGGGACUUCACCAGGUAUCAAUACAACUGUUAUUGACUCGCCAGGUAUCAGCCAGGUAAGAGAACUGUUUUUGACUCUCCAGGUAUCGAGAAGUCAAAGAAAGACGAGGGGAGAGAUCCUCAGUUUCUUUUCUUCAAAUCAAACGAUCUACAUUCUAAGAUCCUAAUUAAGAAGUUUUAAAGGCCUUGGUAACACCUGGCAAUGGUCAUCUGUCAUGUUGAUGACAAGUCAUUUAAUGUAUAAUCAAGGCCUUGGUAACACCUGGCAAUGGUCAUCAUCUGUCAUGUUGAUGACAAGUCAUUUAAUGUAUAAUCAAGGCCUUGGUAACACCUGACAAUGGUCAUCUGUCAUGUUGAUGACAAGUCAUUUAAUGUAUAAUCAAGGCCUUGGUUGACUGCCUUUUCAGUGUGUUCAGACGAGGCUCCAGCAUGGCUGGCUAGCUGGUGGUAUUCCAAGAAGACCAAACUAACCACUUGUAGAAGGAAUGCCCAGAGCCAUGUGCUUUUGUCCCAGAUCAGUCUAGUACUGUGGCUAUAACCAGCUGCCCAGAUCAGUCUAGUACUGUGACUAUAACCAGCUGCCCAGCCCAGAUCAGCUUAGUACUGUGGCUAUAACCAGCUGCCCAGAUCAGUCUAGGUACUGUGGUUAUAACCAGCUGCCCAGCCCAGAUCAGUCUAGUACUGUGGUUAUAACCAGCUGCCCAGAUCAGUCUAGUACUGUGGCUAUAACCAGCUGCCCAGAUCAGUCUAGGUACUGUGGUUAUAACCAGCUGCCCAGAUCAGUCUAGGUACUGUGGCUAUAACCAGCUGCCCAGAUCAGUCUAGGUACUGUGG